AUGGAUGCGGCCGAGGUGGAGUUUCUGGCCGAGAAGGAGCUGGUUACCAUUAUCCCGAACUUCAGUUUAGAUAAGAUCUACCUCAUCGGGGGGGACCUGGGGCCCUUUAACCCUGGUUUGCCGGUGGAGGUGCCUCUGUGGUUGGCGAUUAACCUGAAACAAAGACAGAAAUGUCGGUUGCUCCCUCCAGAGUGGAUGGAUCUACUCCAUUAUCCGCUGAUCAGCUGUAACGACUCGUUCCCGAUUGACCUCUCAGCAGAUGCUUCAGACAACAUCCCGAAAGCAGAUGAGAUCCGGACCCUGGUCAAGGACAUGUGGGACACUCGCAUAGCCAAACUGCGAGUGUCCGCUGACAGCUUUGUGAGACAGCAGGAGGCGCACGCCGAGCUGGAUAACUUGACCUUGAUGGAGAUCAAUACCAGCGGGGCUUUUCUCACACGGGCGCUCAAUCACAUGUACAAACUCCGCACAAACCUGCAACCUUCUGAGGGUGCCCAGUCUCAGGACUUCUAGAGAGAAGCUUGUGAUUCGUACAGGUC